CGUCACGUGACCUCGAAGCUGGGUCAUGUUGGCACCCGGGCCGAUUUCUUCACUGACUGCCCGUCUUCUGAUAACGACUUCCACCUCGGACAAAAUAGACAAAAUCAGUAAACUUUAAAAGCAUGUCUAAGGAGGAAGUGGCCCGUGGCGGUUGGUCAAACCAGGUGGAGUUCUUCCUGUCCUGUGUGGGCUACGCCGUGGGGCUGGGAAAUGUGUGGAGAUUCCCAUACCUCUGCUACAGAAAUGGCGGCGGGGCUUUUCUUAUUCCUUACAUCCUUUCCCUCGCUUUAGUCGGUCUUCCAGCUUUUUUCAUGGAAUUGGCAUUUGGGCAGUUUGCAUCACUUGGUCCAAUAACUAUAUGGAGAGUAUGUCCCUUAUUCAAAGGAAUCGGAUUUGCCUCCGUGAUUAUUUCGGCUUUGGUGUCCAUUAGCUACAAUGUGGUAAUUGCAUACGCUAUGUAUUACCUGAUAGUAUCCAUAGUCAAUAUGGAUACCAACGUCCCCUGGGCCACCUGUGGAAACCCCUGGAACACCAUAUACUGCCGCUCCGAGACACAAAGGGUAACCCCGGGGAUGAACGAGUCAGAGAAAAUAAAUGUCACCCUAGGUACCAUGAAUACUUCUUGUGUCGAUGCAAAACUCCAUAGCUUGGGCUGGAAAUUUGAGGACCUCACUUACAACUACACUUCUAACAAUUUAAGCGACUGCAGCUACAAAAACAUGAUCAAGACACCCAGCGACGAGUACUUCAGUAAUUUUGUGCUGGGGUUGGACAAGGCUGAUGGUAUUGGUGGGAUUGGAGAUUUAAGUCCUAAACUUGUAGCGGUCCUACUGUUAGCAUGGCUCAUUGUUUUCUUCGCAUUGAAGAAAGGUGUAAAGUCUUCCGGCAAGGUGAUCUAUUUCACGGCAACGUUUCCCUAUUUGGUCCUGAUCAUUCUACUUGUGCGAGGAGUUACCCUGGACGGUUACGAGAAGGGCUUAGAAUUUUACCUUGUCCCAAAAUUUGACAAACUUGCAGAUCCUAGGGUGUGGACGGAUGCGGCCUCUCAGAUAUUCUACUCCCUGGGGCCAGCCUUUGGCAGCCUGAUCACGAUGUCCAGCUACAACCCCUUCAACAACAACUGUUACAGAGACUCCAUUUUGGUUGCGGUCAUUAACUGCGGGACCAGCGUGUUUGCCGGACUUGCGAUUUUCUCCGUCCUUGGGUUCAUGUCCGAGGUCACAAACAGACCAGUGCAAGAAGUAGCGGCUGAUGGCCCUGGACUAGUGUUUGUAGCUUACCCAGAAGCAAUUGCCAGAAUGCCCUACCCACCAAUCUGGGCCUUUCUCUUCUUCUUCAUGCUAAUUCUUUUAGGACUAUCCAGCAUGUUCGCGAUGGUGGAAGCCAUCAUUUCGGCGCUGGCCGACGAGUAUCCCGGCGUUCUCCGCAGACACAAGAGCAUCCUGACAUUUGUCGUCUGCCUCCUUCUGUUCUUUGCAGGACUGGCUUUAGUGACCAAUGGUGGGAUCUACGUUCUGACACUGAUGGACGCCUAUUCGGGGAGCUACUCUCUGCUGUUUGUCUGUUUCUGUGAGGUGACAGGCAUAGCCUGGUUUUACGGCUGGCGAAGAUUUUCAGAAGACAUUGAGAUAAUGUUGGGCUUUAAGCCUAACAUCUAUUGGAUCGCAACAUGGACCGUGCUAGCCCCAAUAUUCAUUGUCGGUAUUCUGAUAGCCAGUGCUAUACGUUUCUCCCCAUCACAUUAUGAGGACUAUCAGUUUGAGCAGUGGGCACAGAACUGUGGCUGGGGCUUGGUGGCCCUGCCCCUCGUCUUCCUUUUUGGGACUGCAAUCAUUCAAAUAAUCAGAUAUGGGGGUUUCAAGAAUGCAACAACACCUCAAGAUAACUGGGGACCGGCACUUGAUGAGAAUAAAAAGGGGAGAUAUGCGAUAGGACAAGAUAAUAAAGGGUUUGAAGCAGAUGAGAAGGAAGCAAAUCUUGAAAAUGGGAUAGAAAUGAAGAAGAAAAACGGCGUUACCAAUGGUGACUCCAUCACUGUGCAAUUUUAGACGGCGUACAUUUCAGUGCUAAAUAAUGAUACUUUGUAUUGAAACACUUUCAAAUAAAAAAAUCAGAGAAAAUUCAUCAUAUGAACAGACAGCAAUACUGAACUUGUAACUGUGAUAUAUUAAAUUCAUGUACUUCUUGUUUGAAGUCGCAUUAAUGUUUUUUGUAACAGAUUAAAAAGAAUAUUCUUGAU